AUGAAUGGCGGUUUCCCCUUCAAACGCUCUAAUUCAGGAAAAACUAAUGACAAAAAGGUUGUGUUCAAGAAUUUCAAGCAAAUUUUCAAUGCUGAAUCUCAGGUGAAUUACCCUGGCGAAGCUAUUCGAUACUACCAAAUUAAUGCUCCACCAAGCCUCCGGCCUGCGGUCAAAGUUUCCGAUUUGAGUGGCAUACCCACGGCCUACACAGAUCCCUCGACAAAAUUGCAUUAUGCAACAACUCAAGAGUUUUCCACAGUUCAGAAUCUUCCUCCAGAAUUGAUAAGUGGCUACCUGGCUCUUCGCGGCAUGUCAAACAACUGA